GAACCUUGCUUUCAGCCGGACUCCGGGGACAGCGCAGCGCCCGCCCGAGCCCUCGGCGCUACCUCCCGCUCGCGGCCUCCGCAACCUUCAGGUGGGUCCUCUGCCCCCGGCCCUCUCCUCUCUGGCGGAGCCAAACUGCGGCCCCGCCUUUACCGUCUCAGAAAAGUCCCCGGACUGGAGACUCUGAGGAAGGGGCGUCGGGAGCCUGGAGCGGAGACUUGGAGCGGGGGGGCGGACAAUAAACUCCAGGCCCUGCCCACGCCCCCGGCCCCGCCCACGCCCCUCCAGGGCCCUAAUCCUGGACCCCGGAUCCCGCGCGCCUGGAGACAGGGUCCGGAUCUCCCUCGAGCCCCUCGAAACCAGGACUCCAGCGCCACUGGUCCCGCCCUCACCCGGACUCCUGGCCCUCACGUCUCCUCCAGGGAUGGCACUGGCGUCACUGAUGAUGGCCCUCGGCUGCCUUGGCCUCCACACCUGGAAGGCCCAGGCUGUUCCCAUCCUGCCCCUGGGACUGGCUCCAGACACAUUUGACGAUGCCUAUGUGGGUUGUGCAGAGGAGAUGGAGGAGAAGGCAGCCCCCCUGCUAAAGGCGGAAAUGGCCCACCAUGCCCUGCUGCGGGAAUCCUGGGAGGCAGCCCAGGAGGCCUGGGAGGACAGGCAUCGAGGGCUCAUCUUACCCCCCGGCUUCAAAGCCCAGAACGGAAUAGCCAUUAUGGUCUACACCAACUCAUCUAACACCUUGUACUGGAAGUUGAAUCAGGCCGUGCGGACAGGCGGAGGCUCCCGGGAGCUCUACAUGAGGCACUUUCCCUUCAAGGCCCUGCAUUUCUACCUGAUCCGGGCCCUGCAGCUGCUGCGAGGCGGUGGGGGCUGCAGCACAGGGCCUGGGGAGGUGGUGUUCCGAGGUGUGGGCAGCCUUCGCUUUGAACCCAAAAGGCUGGGGGACUCUGUCCGCUUAGGCCAGUUUGCCUCCAGCUCCCUGGAUAAGGCAGUGGCCUGCAGAUUUGGUAAUGCCACCCUGUUUUCUCUAACGACUUGCUUUGGGGCCCCUAUCCAGGCCUUCUCUGUCUUUCCCAAGGAGCGCGAGGUGCUGAUUCCCCCCCAUGAAGUCUUCUUGGUCACCAGAUUCUCUCAGGAUGGAGCCCAGAGCCUGGUGACUCUCUGGAGCUAUAAUCAGACCUGCAGCCACUUUAACUGCGCCUAUCUGGGUGGGGAGAAGAGGCGGGGCUGUGUGUCUGUACCAGCAGGGGUGCAGCCAGUCACAAUCUGAGGGGGCCUCCUCUCUGCCCCCUUGGAAGACCCUGCUCUUGGCCCCUGGGGAGUUCCAGCUCUCAGGGAUUGGGCCCUGAAACUCCAACAUCUGCCACUUAGGAGCCCUGGGAACGGGUGACCUUCAUAUGAAGAAGAGGCGCCUCCAACAGCCUUGAGAAGCAAGAACGUGGUUCCAGACCCAGCCCUAGCAGCCUUCUCCCCAACCAGGAUGUGGGGCUGGGGAGGCCACAGCAGGGCUAAGGGAACUCUGCUAUGUGGUGGGGACUUCCCGGGACAAGCAAGGGAAGUACUGAGGCAGCCACUUGAUUGAACGGUGUUGCAGUGUGGAGACAUGGAAUUUUAUUGAGGCAGCCACUUGAUUAAAAGGUAUUGCAGUGUGGA